UUUAGGUUUCAGGCUAAACCCCGCCCCUUCCGGGGAUGCUCUCCCCGACCACUCUGCCAAGGUACCCGCGCGCCCCCUCCCAGCAGCCGGCUUGCCUCCUUCUCAGCACGGAUUAUUUGUAAUUCUAUAUAUUUCUGUUGUUGUUUGAUUAACGUCUGUCUCCCACGCCCGACAGACUUAACCCAGACCAAGGUCGGCAUCGGUGCUUUUCACCUCAUCGUCCUACCGCCGAGCACAGCAGGUGGCAGGCACUCGGUAAAUAUUCGCUAAAUGAACAAAGGAAUGCUCCGGGGCUCUGUGUUCAGAGCGCUGCGAGUCCCAGCAGCAUGGAAUGGAAGCGGGCUUUCAUUUCCAAGUGGGACGGGAGACACCUCCUCGUCCUCACCCCGACCCUGCGGCCCCAGCCAGCGAGGAUAUCUCGGGCUCGGAUUCAAAACGAAGCCGAGGGGAAGGGAGCGGGGGCACUCCUGGGCAGCGGGGGGCAGCGGGAGGGGCGCGCGCCUCAGACCCCGGAGCCGCCAAGAAAGGGCUGCCGCCCGCCCGCGCAGCGCCUCACGCGGAUGAAUGGGAAAGGCGCGAAUCAACCACCAGGCCCAGCGACGCGGAGCCCCCGCGCGCGCGCGCUCUCUCCCCGUCUCUCGGGAGACGCCAUCCCUUCUCUUUCCUCCUUACCAUCGCGACGACGAGCAAAUGCUGUAGGCUACUCGCCGCCGACCCAGCUCUUCUCCGUCCCUGGUGCUUGGAGCGCCUACCCCAGCUCGGACCGCGAGAAAUGGCCGCCCAAAAGCAGCGUGACCUUUUACCUCCGACUACUGCUCUUCCGCUCCUAUGAUUGGACGCAAAGAGAAUGGGGACACAAACCCUGGAGGUGGAGCAGGCAUCUUGUGACUGUGAGGAAGAAAACCACAGAAGUCAUGAUGCCAUCACUGAGAGGCUGCAGAUGUACUGGACUAUACCUCCCAACUUCCUAUCAUGUGAAGAAAUCAAUCUCAUUUGAUUAACCUACCGAGUUGGGUUCCUGCAAUGGAAUGCAACCCUAUUUAAUACAAAGUUAUGUCCAUUUCUUAGAGAUUUGUAAUGAACUUAGCAUAGUUAAGAUCUGAGAAAUCCUAUUUAACCUAGUCUUAAGGCUGUUUGAAUACAGAACUCUUUUCCCUCAGAAGACAGUAUAUCUCACUAAACGGGAGUGUUUUUGCAGAAGUUUGGAAAACGCUGCUCUCUUUGUAUUGAUCCAGUAGAUGGACAGUAGUUACGUUCUGCAGGAUAGAAGAUAGAGGAGGAGGAAUGUGUUAGGAAAGAAAGAUAAUGUUUUGAAUUUGAAGCUUUCAAAUUGGAUAUACAGUUGACAAUUGGAUAUACAGUCCUGAAUUUCCCAAGUGAGGUUUGGAGGUAAGUGAGGUAGGUGGUGGUUAAACCCAUGGCUCCAUGGGUUACACUGCGAUUGUGAAGCUGGACAACAUUCCAGGAGUAUUUUUAUCCAUGAGAAAAUUGGCAGUGGAGUUUUGAAUGCUUCCUUUAACUGCCUUGCUAUGCCACCUCUCUGUAAAGAGGAAAUGGGAAGACUAUUCCACUUAAAGGACAGCAGAGUUCAAAUCAUGACUCAUCCAUUCACUUAGCUGUGUGACCAUGGCUCAGAUGA